AUGGCACCGUUACCGCUAGCCCGCCUAGCCGUCUAUAAUCGUCCCUUCAGCUAUGUAGGAGUCGAUUACUUCGGUCCGUUGUUGGUGAAGCAAGGCCGAUCAAAUGUGAAGCGAUGGAUCGCACUAUUCACGUGCUUGACGGUGCGCGCAGUUCACCUCGAGAUGGUGCACAGUUUAACCACAGCUUCGUGCAUUUCCUGUAUUCGUAGAUUCGUAUGCCGCCUUGGUUCUCCUGUCGAAUUUUUUAGUGACAACGCCACCAACUUCCAUGGAGCUGAACGAAUACUUCGAGAACAAAUUAAUAACGGCAUCCAAGCAACCUUUACUAACUCCAACACGAAAUGGACGUUCAUUCCGCCUGGUGCUCCGCACAUGGGGGGCGCUUGGGAGCGGCUUGUCCGCUCGGUGAAGACAGCGAUGGGAGAUGCCUAUACUGAAGGGAAACUAAAUGAUGAGGAACUGCAAACAUUUAUCGAGGAAGCAGAAAGCAUAGUCAACACUCGACCCCUAACGUAUUUGCCUAUAGAAUCUAUCGAAUCUGAAGCCCUUACACCAAACCAUUUCCUGUUAGGAAGCUCGAAUGGAGUCAAACUACCAGGCAUAGAUAUUGUACAGGGAACUUCACAGGACGCAUGGAAUCACAUACAACGUCAACUCAACCGAUUUUGGCAACGCUGGUUGAAAGAAUAUUUACCGGUAAUCAGGAGGCAAAUAAAGUGGUUCGACGAAACUAGAAACGUACAAGUCGGCGACGUGGUGCUAAUAGCCGAUGAAACGAAACGUAACAGAUGGAUACGCGGUCGUGUGAUCGAUUCGAUCAAAGCUCAGGACGGCCAUGUACGCCAAGCUAUAGUGAAGACGUCGGGAGGAGUUCUCCGUCGGCCAGUAUCUAAGCUCGCAGUAAUCGAUGUAGGAAUCAGUGCGGCUAGUGAGGCCAAUAGACCGCACCCGGGGGAGAAUGUUAGCGCAGAUACAUCGAUUGAACGAAGUGACAACCCUGAACCAUAG